AUGGUUUUGAAAGCUUGGUCGAAGAGUGACAAGCUUUGUGGCAACCUUCCUUUGGGUCUCCGUGUCAUGGGUGCGAAUUUACGCGGGAAGAAGGAAGAUGGCUGGGAAGGUGUAUUGCAUAGGCUAGAAAAUAGCAGCCUUGAUCGAAAGAUCGAUGCUGUGCUUAGAGUUGGAUACGACAGUUUACAUGAGGGCGAUCAGUCACUGUUUCUCCACAUUGCCUUCUUCUUCAACUACGAAUUAGAGGAUCAUGUGAUGGACAUGCUCGCUGAGGGUAGCUUGGAUGUGAGACUCGGGUUGAAAACACUCGCCUCUAAAUCUCUCAUACAUGUAUUAACCGAAGGUAGAGUAGUGAUGCACAAGCUGCUGCAACAAGUGGGUAGACAAACAGUUCAAAGACAAGAGCCUUGGAAGCGCAAAUUCUUAACUGAUGCUCAUGAGAUUGAAUCUGGUAGUAGAAGUGUGACGGGUAUAUCUUUGAAUACAUCCACGAUCGCAGACGCCGUGUGUAUAAGCAAAAGUGCUUUUAAGAAUAUGCGUAAUCUUCGAUUUCUCAGCGUCUACGAGACAAGACGUGAUAGAGAUGUUAGAGUUCACGUACACGAGGACAUGGAGUUCCCACCUCGUCUAAGGUUAUUAGACUGGGACGUAUACCCUGGAAAGUGUCUUCCUCGUACAUUUACGCCAGAAUAUCUCGUGGGACUCGAUUUGCGACAUAACAUGCUAGAGAAACUUUGGGAAGGUAUACAGCCCCUUACAAAUCUCAAGAAAAUGGUUUUGACGAAUUCCUUGUGUUUAAAGGAACUCCCUGAGCUUUCAAAGGCUACAAAUCUUGAGAGAUUGUAUCUAGCCGGUUGCGAGAGUUUGGUAGAGAUUCCUUCAUCUAUUGGAAAUCUUCCUAAACUAGAGGAGUUGCAUGCGGAUUUCUGCAUAAACCUAGAGGUUGUUCCGACUCUCUUCAGCUCUUCAUCUCUCGAUAGGGUCAACUUGGUGGGAUGCUGGCAACUGAAACAAAUCCCAAGCUUUUACGGGAACGUCACAAAUCUCACAGUUACUGAUACAAUGUUGUUACAAGAAUUGCCUGAAACCAUUGGCCUCUGGUCUAGCCUUGAGUCUCUCAGUAUAUGGGGAAGUGUCAAUCCAUAUCCAUUUACCAACUUGAAUUUUCCAGAGCGAAGUGGUGCAGAUGAUAUUGGGAGUAUUACAGAUUGGCUUAAAGAUCUUCAUGUGUUAAGGCAUCUUUACAUAGUUGGCUGUCCGAAACUUGCAUCACUACCAGAGCUCCCUCCAUCGCUCAAGACAAUAAUCAUCAACGCUUGUGAAUCAUUGGAGACGCUAACAUGUUUCCAUAUUGACUCUGGAAUCGAGGAUCUCAAUUUCCCCAACUGCUUCAAGUUGGGUCAAGAAGCAAGGAGAGUCAUUACACAGCAAACGUUUUGCAAGAUAGCUUGCUUACCCGGGAAAGAAAUGCCAGCGGAGUUCGAUCACCGAGCUCUAGGAAGUUUUUUGACCAUCCCUUCAGUUUUCUACAGAUUUAGAGUUUGCCUCUUGGUUACCCCUAAACCGCAUACCUAUGGAGGUUUUGUUAGUGUGAUGUGUCGAACAAGCUUAAACGGUUGCCUGAUUGCGGAAGAAAUGAUUGAGAGUCUCUCUUGUAUCAGAAGGGAGCAUCUGUUUAUAUUUCCGUAUGAAUUGUUUGAGGAAGACGGGUGGCUUGAACAGGACAACGAGGUGUUGUUCCAAUUCAGCGUUUCAUCCGAUCAACUAGAAAUCGUUGAAUGUGGUGUCCAGAUCUUGACAACAGACGACGAUGAUGAAAGCAUUCUCUCUGCUGGGAGCUAUAAAACUUGUUCAGAAGAAUUGUCUGGAGACGACUAUGAAAGUCUCUCUGAUGGGAGCAUUGAGUUUGAUGAACACAGACAGUGA